GACAUUCCCGUGGGGCUCAUAGUCGUAGUCACAAACGGCACAGCUCCCACCUUCCGAAGCACCUUCAUCAACACACUGUCUUCUUUAGCCGGAUCCAAGACGCCUGACACGAGGACAAUUGGCGAAUCACAACCAGCGACCUCGAUGCUCUCCUUGAUACUGACAGGCAUUCCGCGAAUCGGUGAUGAAACGUCUGCGGAAACCGACGUUGCAACUGUUUCAGCUUCCUCAAUGAUCUCACAGACGCAUCAACCACCCGUUUCUGGUAUAGACGGAGGGCUUCCAGAGAUGUCAUUUCAUUGGCUUGAAGGCGUUGCUGCACCUGCGGCGCAUCAAGUUUAUCAAGGUGCGAAAGAGGAGGACAGGUUCGGACUCGGUCCCGAAGACGCGAUCGAGCUUCCUGCAAAUGCUCCUGCUUCUUCUUUAUACGACUCAUAA